CAAAGCUGACCGGUUUUCGUAAGCUUAUCGAUAAACUUACGGAAUUUGUAUUUAAAUUUGGUUUAUGAAAUUUGUUCGGAAUCUACCGGCUUUCCACCGGAAUUUGUGAAAACCAUCAUUCUACCAGAGUCUGAAACGGAAGGCCAUUUCGGAACCCUAAACCCUGACUACUACCGCCCAUUACUGUACUUGCUCUAAGCUAGAGAUACAUACCAGCAGACUCUUCCUUUGAGAAUGAGAAGAGAAGAAGGAAGCUUCCAUGUUACCAUCACGCAGGUGGCGAGCCUGGCCCGUGCUCCGGCCUUCGUACUGCCUCCAUCUCGAGCUCCUAUAAAAAUGGCCACCACCUGCAACCACCCUUCCUCGAACGCGCAAACCUCCAUCCACUACAAAACCCCCCCAAACCAACCAGCCCCGGAUCCAUCUAACCCAACCGCUCGCCCACCAAGCCACACUCUUCCAUGGCCGCCGCCGCCGCGUCGCCCACGUCGUCGUCUUCUCUCCCGCCCAAGCCUCCCAACUCCGCCGCCAUGCUUGUCGAGCAGCAGCCGCUGUCCUACCACGACGUGGACGCCGCCUCCACGCCCAGCUCCAGCGUCAGUAGCAGCAGCACGGCGAGCGUCGGUGGCCGCUCCUCCACGUUCUCGCUCGACUCGGCCGCCACCGCCACGCCCACCUCCUCCCCGCCUCGCCCGCACCGCGCGGCCGACGUCGCCUGGGCGCCCAUCCGCGCCGCCGCCGCGCCGCUCGGCCCGCGGGACUUCACCCUCGUCCGCCGCGUCGGCGCCGGGGACAUCGGGACCGUCUACCUCUGCCGCCUCGACGGAAAACGCGGCGCCGGCUCGCCGUCGCCGUGCGAGUACGCCAUGAAGGUGGUGGACCGCCGCGCGCUCGCCAAGAAGGGCAAGCUGGGCCGCGCCGCCGCGGAGAAGCGCGUCCUGCGCCGACUCGACCACCCGUUCCUCCCCACCAUGUUCGCCGACUUCGACGCCGGCCAGGACUACUCCUGCGUCGUCAUGGAGUUCUGCCCCGGCGGCGACCUCCACUCGCUCCGCCACCGCGUGCCCGGCCGCCGGUUCCCCGUCGCGUCCGCCAGGUUCUACGCCGCCGAGGUGCUCCUCGCGCUCGAGUACCUGCACAUGAUGGGCAUCGUGUACCGCGACCUCAAGCCGGAGAACGUGCUCAUACGCGCCGACGGCCACAUCAUGCUCACCGACUUCGACCUGUCGCUCGAGUCCACGGCGUCGCCGGCGCUCGAGGACGCGAGGAACGGCGCGGACGACGACCCGGCGACGCCGACCUGCCUCCCGGAGGUGCAGCUGUUCAGGCUCAGGAGGUGGAGGCGCCGCGCCGCGCCGCGCCGGCGGCCGCGGUUCGUGGCUGAGCCGGUGGACGCGCGGUCCAGCUCGUUCGUCGGCACGCACGAGUACGUGGCGCCGGAGGUGGCGCGCGGCGGUGGGCACGGCGCCGGCGUGGACUGGUGGGCGUACGGCGUGUUCCUCUACGAGCUGCUCUACGGCCGCACGCCGUUCGUCGGCGCCACCAACGAGGCCACGCUCCGCAACAUCGUGCGCCGCCCGCUCGAGUUCCCCCCGGACGCCGCCGGCGGCGGCUCGCCGCACGACGCCGCGGCGCGGGACCUGAUCGCGCGGCUCCUGGACAAGGACCCCCGGUCGCGCCUCGGGUCGCGCCGCGGCGCCGCGGACGUCAAAUCCCACGCCUUCUUCAAGGGCCUCAACUUCGCGCUGCUCCGGUCGUCGGCGCCGCCCGUCGUGCCGCCGCCGGCGGUGGCGGCGGCCCAGUGCAGCAAGGCGGCGGACGUGCCGCAGCUGUUUGAUCUCUUCUGAGUUCUGACUCCUAUUCGAUCAGCGCGUCAGAAGGAGGAUUUUUUUUUUGUUGUGUUAAUUAAUUCGAGGCACGAAUUAACCAGCUAGCUGGCUAGAAUCAUGUUGACUAAUUAAUUACUCCAUUAGCACUGCUGUACAACACUGUCAAUUAAUUAAUUAAGUAAUUAGUGAAAUUAUUACAGCUC